GGUGUUUCAAUUGUUAUUUUACGCGUAGUAAGUACAAGGUACACAAGUACGUACCGGUACUACCGGUACGUAAACAAGAUUCGUAAAUCCGAAUUCGAAUUGUACGGUACUCGUACUUACGUUGUCUCGUCCAAUCCAGUCACCAACGACGAAUGACUACGUACGUAGUAUCGUACGAACGGUUGGAGAACCUAACGAUCGGCAAGAAGACUGCUUCCGAAAAACUUGAAUUCCCAGGCACCCCCAUUUUCAAUUUCAAGAAAGGCUCCGAUUUUAGGACUAUUCCAGUCACACCGUGUUUCCCAGCAAUCAAUUUCAUCUCCGCUUGGAGUGUUCAUUCGAGGGCCUCCUGAAAUUGUGGCGUUCCUCGGGAAAUCAAAUCAAAACAAUUGCUGUAUCCCACACUUCCCACACCCUGAACCGAGCAGCAUCAAAACCAAUACAAGAAAGACACCACGCAGCAUGAAUUUUCACCGCUCUGUCUCGAGCUCCGCCGUCCGCUUCCUGAAACGCCGCCCGGGAUUCCAGACCCGCAGCGGCAGAGCGUCCGCCGUUCCAACCCGCGGCUACCACGCCACCGAGCGACGCCCCGGCCAAGCCGCCGUUUCGGACCGCGGGGGAGCCAUCGUCCCGGCCUUUGGCGGCGGCGAGGUCCACCUCCCGCCCGCCGACGAUCCCGUGGGCCUGCAGCUCUACAAAAAGGCCCUCUACUGCCCGGAAACGCGGACGCUCCGGACCUCGAUGCACGUCGGGACGACGGACGCCGGCGCCAAGGCGAACGGCGUCGUCGGCGACACGGUGGACGCCCAGAUGGCCAGGGAACACGCCCGGAACUCCGGCCUCCGCCUGCUGUCGACGGUCCACGCGGCCCUGGGGGGCGACCUGGGCCGCGUCGAGCAGGUCCUGCACCUGCGGGGGAUCGUCAAGUCCGCCCCGGGCUUUGAGGGGCACGCGGCGGUCGUCGACGGCUGCUCGGAGGUCCUGGCGGAGGUCUUUGGGCCCGAAACCGGCGUGGGGACCCGGGAGUGCCUCGGGGCCGGGAGCCUCGGGGCCACCGUGGCCUGUACGCUCGAGCUGCGGGUCGCACCGGAGCCGCAAGGCGGCAGCGACUAACUAGACACAAAACGGGUGGGUUUGGUUUGGUUUGGUUGGGUUGGGUUGCGGCUUGUGGUCGGCUAGGUUUUGCGACGUUUCGAACCACUGCGCUCGAUGCGAUUCAUUGUGAAAACGCGAUUCCUGGGCAAUCCGCAAUCGGCAUAAACAAGGCUUUUGAUAUUGUAUGGCAUGCCAUACAUGAUUUGUCUUGGAUUAAACAGGAUAACGACGCAGUUCCAGAAAAAGAAAUGUGUGGAAGACGAUUGUUAAAGUGUGGGAUGGUGUAAAUUCAACCAGCACCCAGAGUUAGUCGCAGUAAGUAAGUAGUAUGUAUAACUGUAAUCUAAUUUAGUGUUACAAUCGCAUUUCCAACAUCGGAGUGGGAAAAAUGAGGUGGUAUCAUAUCCGAGUCGUUGGGGAGUACGGUAGAUGGUGGAUUGGCGAACAAUGAACGAAUUACCAACGAACGCAAUUCGUUUCCUGUCCGAGUGUAUUUAUUCCUGGAUUCCAGCCAAGGUCUAUUAUUACUGAGGGCAGGUUUUGUGUACAU